AUGCCCUCAACCGUCCAUCCUCCCACUCCGCCCGCGUCUGACGACGAGACACCUCCCCGCAGCAAGCCUACCAACAGCCCCAUGCAGUGCUACAACGCGUCCAAGCGUACCACGGGCUCGGGCUCGGGCUCGAGCUCGAGCUCAAGCUCACGCGCAGGCCCAUCUCGGCAGACGCAGGCAGACGCGCAGAUGGAGCACCAAGACUGCACGGGGUGCCUGAACCCACUGCCCCGGGACCGCGAGGCAGUCGAGCGUGCACACGUCCUCGAGAGCCUCCCCGACGCCUCGCAGAGCAACUACAGCGGCGCGACGGCCGGUCCGGGGGUCACGCAGUUCAACAACUUCCUCGUCCAGGUGCAGGGGGGUGGCGGGGACCACGGGCCCGACGACGACCUGACGUCCAUGUGGCCGUUUGUGUCGAGCAGGACGGAGCGGGCGCGGCACAUGGGGGCCUGCAAGACGGGGGUGGGCAAGCAGAUCAACGGGCCGGCGCUGCUCAUCUCGGGGCGUGCGUCCAAGGCGCCGCUGCCGACGAUUACGAUUCCGCGGCAGACGCAUAUUGAUCCGGUCAUGUCGAUGGGUCUGGGGGCGGAGGGCAUGGCGUCUGCGGUGGCGGCAGAGGAUGCGGCGCAGGUGAAUGGCGGGUUUAUCUUGUUUCAGGGCGAGUGA